UUUAUAGAGACGCUAUAAACUGGAGCACAGUUCAGCCACUAACAUUUAACUGGUGGAGUCUUACUGCGCUCACAAUGACAAACUUCAUCCUGGCUUCACUCUGCACCUUCAGUUGGAUUUCUGUGUCAGUUUGUCAGUUUCACACAGUUUCUGUUCGACCUGCUGAAGACGUCACACUGAUGUGCAGCAACUUUACUAAAUUUCUCUCUCACAUAUUUUGGUUUAAGAUGAACAGCAGUCCCAACGCCAGGCACAUCUCAUCUAUGCUCAGUGCAGAGUCUAAUGUCUCUCUAUUUGAUGGUUUCCACUUCAGUAAAUAUAACAUGACAUCUAAUACUACAAACCUGUUUCUGAAAAUCAAAGAAGUGAAUUUCUCAGAUUCUGGACUGUAUUUCUGUGGACAGUAUGCAACAACAGUCUCUGCAGGGUUCACUGCAACAUACUUAGAGGUGGAAGAUGUUUCAGACGGAUUUCUCAAUCUGCCUUGUGUGAUUCUUGGCUGCGUUGCUGUCUUCCUUACAGUCGUCAUUGUUGCUUUGGUUGUCAGGACAAUACAAACAGGUCAAACGGAGAGAAAGAAUCCACGACCCUCUGAGAAUCUGGACCCUCAUUGUCUCAACUAUACGGUGCUGAAAUCACAUCCCAAAACAAAAAACUACGCAAGGUUGUCAGACAAGAAAGAGCUGGAGACAGAUGUUCUGUACGCUGCAACAAGAGAAACUCAUGAAAAAUAAAUUAACCUGAAAUUGUUUUUAGAAGCUGUAAAAGUCAAGAAUGUGGUUCAAAGAUCGACUCUAUUAACUCUGAUGUUGAGAGAUACAGAUAUAUUCUGUUGGCGAAAGAUUCUUUAUUCCAACUACAUUAUACAGCAGAAGAAAGAGCAAAUAAACCUUUCAGCUGUUCUGCUUCUCAACUCUGUUACAGAUGAACAAAACAACGUAUUUUAGUUCUUCAGUAACUAAAUGAACAAAUUCUUCCACCUAUAAUGCUAAAAUAUACAAGGUUAAGUUUUCUAUGGACUCUCAUAAAAAAGUCUUUACUAUCACAUUUGACUAUAUGGUAGAUACACAAUACAGUUUUUAUGGCUACCAAGAUUGUAGCAUAUUCUGUUACUAAAUCUUGAUUUUGUGAUUAUAAUCUAGUAUUACAUCUUAAAAAUCUUAUUGCAUAGAAGUUUCAUAUUUGUUGUCAGUCAUCUUAGAAAGGGAAAUGUAUCGUAUAGAACAAUUCCAAUAAAAGGAAUUUUGAUUCUGAUUUUCCAGGAUUCUUGUCAUGUUGAUAAUUAUGUCUUAUGGAAAAUGAAUAAUAAGAAUUGAACAUACUUUUCAGAAACCUGACAUUUCUGUUUCAAAUGUCUUCAUCAAAUAUAGUCACAUUUUCUGAGUCACUGAAUUGUGAGUUUCCAGUAUCUGUAAUCCAUAAUCAUCAACAUUAAAAGACAUAAAGGCUCAAAAUAAUAAUUGUAUGUGUGGUAAGCCUAUGUAACUAAUUUCUUUUUGAAAUGAUUAAAUUAGUAAACUUUUUCAUGACAUUUUACAUUUUAGAUCUGAAUUUAAGCAUAAAACAGUCUAUCAUUUUAAUUUAUUGAAUAUGAGUGUAUGUUGCACUCAUAUUUUAAUAUCUGAGAAGAAAUCAAAUAAAAAAAGUCAAUCAAGACGUGCAAAUCAAGAAAAAUGUAGCUGAUUAAACAGAAAAUCACUUCAGAUGGUAACAUGUAAUGUGAUACAAUAAGUUGUUAUUGUUUUGUGAUUCAUGGCCUUUAUCUGUUUAAUAUUUUUGCCUCUUUAAUUAAAUAUUCCAAUGCAAAUGAUUCUUCUUGGUCAACCUCCAGACAUUGUUUUUACUAAAACUUUUUGUUAAAACUUUUUCAUUCAGGAGAAAGAAAUUAUUUUUCAAACAUUUUAACAAAUGUCUUUCAAACCUUCUUUGCUGAGGAUAAAUAUGAUGUAUGCUAAAUGAACAUGUUUUGUUUUUUAUGUCUAACUUUGUUAAAUGAUUUUUCUUGUUGAUUACAUCUUUUCUUAUUGUAGCGGUGUUACAGACAGGAAGUGCUGUUUAGGUAAUACUAACUGUCAAGUUGACCAGCUAUGACCAGUGGAAGAUAAAGUGGCAAACUGCUAUUUUUUAAAAAUCUGUUUUCUUUGAUUUAUCAGUGUUUUUUUGUACUUAAAGGCAUGUUUAUUCUUUGUAGUAACUUUAAUUGAUUGCAAGCUACAGUAUCUGUUGGUUUAUUUUGUUGAGUGAUGUAAAAUCAUUUUGUCCCCUUUAAUGCCAGACUGGUCUGAUCCCCCUUUGUCUGUUGUUCAGGUUAGCAUUUUACUGUUAACCAGUUAGUUUACAGUUACAAUAAGUUGCUUUUAAGGCUAAACUGUGUUAGUUUCAUUUGAUCUCUUUGAAGAGCCAUGUGACAUAAUUAGAUUUGUUUGGUUUUGAGCAUUUUUAGGUAAAUAAACCCACCUUUUAUUCAAAAA